AUGGGAAAGAAACUGGCCCAUGAUUGGCUGUGUGUUUGGUCGGGGGCGGAGCAUUUGUGUGUGAAUGCGAGCCGCAGACUGGGGGAUGGUGGGACUGGUGAGGUCUACAGCAGUCUGUCUCACUCCUUUCACCUGCUCAGUGCUGCAGGUGUUCCUGCCAGCAGUUAUGGCCAGGUGAGGUGGGCUCAGGAUGGCGGCCGACUGUCAGUGGUUACAGAGCUGCAGGCUGGACCAGAACAUCUAAAAGCGGAGUUUAACGGAGGAAAGGCGGACCAGGUUAGAUGGGAGUUCUCCUCCAGGCUGCAGCAUCAAGUCCAAGCCCUGCUGAGAAGAGGCAUCUCAAGCUUAAUACAGGCCAAAGCACAUUACCAGUUAGAAACAGAAGGCCUAGACACCAGCUUGGUCCUUCUCAUGGGAGACGAGAGGACGGUGGACAUCCUUUUUAAUGUUGGAGCCAGAAACAGUGCAGCCAUAUUUACACUGUCUCUGUGGCAACAGAUGAAGCUGCUAGAAGGAGUUAUACCCACUUUGUUACAGAUGAACUGCACAGGGGACGCCACCGCGGACCGGCUCUCAGCCCACUGCUCAGGAAACGUGGCGGGUCGCCCUGUGGAGUCUCUCCUGCCGUCGCAGACUUCAGCCAACAUCUCCAUCAGCCGCUCCGGCUGCUCCACUAACCUCAGUACCGUUCUCCAGGCUGACGGGGAACACAAAGGCACCAUCAAUCUGCAUUUAACCUGUCACCCCCACCUCAGUCUGAGAGCAUCAGUGCAGCACUCUGUAGAGGCCAUGCAGAUGCUGGGAGUUCCUGCCCACGGAGCAUUAAUUCUAAAUGUCUCAUCUGCACAUCUGCCCGGUGUGGAGGUUGGCCUGGAGCUGGGAAGUUGUUAUUUCAGGGGUCAUUUGGGGAAAACGGACGCUUCACAGACAGACGAGGAGGAGAAUGAGGAGGAGGAGUCUUCCUACGCUGUGAAUGUGACCAACUUCUGUCCUGCUCUACAGGGAACGGUCCUCCCAGUGUCCCUGGCUCUUCGGGGCCUCCUGUCAGUCGUCCCCUGCCAGCUCACCAUGGCCACAUCUCUGAGGGCGGACAACCAGGACCUCUCCCUGCAGCUGAGUCAGUCCUGCAGGCCUCCACGUCUCUCUGGGACCCUCACACACUCCUUUGUUGGGCUGAGAAGCCGAGGUGUGCCCCAGAUGAUCAGCAUAGAGACGGCUGCUCCUGGAGGUCCCGAGCAGCCCGGGGCCCUGUUCAUUAAGGCGGGGACAUGUUUCCUUAGAGCCAAUAGGGACGUAGAGGCCAAAGGAAGAUCACAGUGGCUCUGGACUCUGGAGUCAGAGUGCCCGAUGUUACAGGCUCAUUUGAAUGGCUCAGUGUGGCAGGACCCUCAGGGUACCUGGACAGCGACAGUAGACACCGAUCUGGAGGGCAAAAGGGGUUUCCUGAGGCUGAAUGCAAGGGGCUGGCCAGAGCUGAGUGUCGAGGGUGAGCUCAGUCACAACCUCCCUGCUCUCAAAGAUUUACCACAGCGAAGCACACUGAGAGUCGUCUGCAGGGCCGGAAAACAGCGAUAUGACACCGAAGCCAUCAUUCAGAUGGAGGAGUGUGCUGUCGGAGCCAGGGGAGCUGUGAUGUCACAGCCUGGCCUGCAGGGGCUGCUGGUGUAUCACAACAACUGCUCAAUGAUUCAGGAGUGGGGCAGUCCGGACAGGAUGCACUCAUCCGCUUUGCUGGUUGUCUCCCCAAAUCUUGCAGAAUCUCAGAUGUCCAUGGCAAUAGAUGACACAGAGUUACAGGCUUCAGUGGCUCUAAAGAAAACAAAGGAUAAAAAUGAAGCAUCGCUCAAUUUGAACCUCUCUGUGCCCCUGUUGAAGAAGCUGGGGCUCCCUGUAAGUGCUGCAGUGACAGUUAAUUCUGGGAGUCAUGGCAAUGGCUCGUACUAUUACCUUCUACACAGCAGUGCAGGAAGCCAAAAGCUAACUCAAGAGAUGACAGUGGCAAAGAUGUCUGAAUCAGUCAGCUUGAAGAGCCACUUUAGACACUCAGUGAACUAUCUGAGGAAAGUGGGAGUCCCUGUGAACAACAGCAUCCAGGUAGAGUUUGGUUCUGCUGAGGGGAAGGCUCUGAUGUUACAGUCCCAGUUCGGAGGACAGAAGGCAGGAGUGACAGUUAAGAUGAAAUGUCUCCCAGUGAUGAAGGAGGUGACAGGAAGCAUGUGGCACAGCUGGGCGUGGCUACAGGAGAGAGGACUGCCACGUAAUAUAGAGGGUCUGUGUUCCAUCCAGGGGGUGUUUUCUCAGCUUCAGUCCAGGCUUCGGCUCACUGUGGACGGACACAAGCUGCUUGCCUCCGGCCUCAAUGUGAGUUCGGCUGAUGGACGUCUGGCCCUGCUGCUCUCCUACUCGCCACCAGCUUCUAAUCAAACAGGGACACAGCCCAGUCUGGACACUAGCCUGGCUGCUCAGUUCAAAGGUCCUCUGCGGAGCGCCUCAGUAGACAUUCACUCUCACGACUGGAGGCUCCGAGUGUUGGGGGACGUAGGAGGCUGGGGGGCACGUGGAGGAUCCAAGGAGGCCAAAGUCACACUGAAACACACUGUGCAGGGACAAACUAGCCCCACCUUACAGGUGGAGGCGUGGGGGAGACUCACAGACUCACAGCUGAGGUGCUCCAUGGCUGUGAACCCUGAACUCAGCUCCUCACUGGCUCUCAUAGUCCAGGGUCACAAUCUGCCUCAUAGCAAGGACCUGAUGGUGAAGGUGGUCCACAAUAUCCCCAGGAUGUUGGUUCACCUGCCCCCUCAGCUCAAUGUUCGCUCCCAGCUGAACCAGUCUCAGUCCAGUGUGGCAGGUUUGGUGGAGGUGUUGUCAGGCAGGAGGAGGCUGUGGGCGCUGGGAGAACUAGCAGCUAUAGAUGGUGGAUACAGACAGGCUGUAGAGCUCAAGCACUCCUACCCACAGUUGAAGCCUCUCCCCAGGACUGUGGCAGUGAGGACGGUUUACGAGGCCAGGAACUGGAGCUACCAGGUUCAGCAUGGAGCUGUGUGGGGCAGUCAGGAGUUGAUCCUGUCUGCUCUCUACUCUGCACCUCCAGCUCUGGAGAUGGGGAACCAGACUCUGAAGGUUCAGAUUAACUGCAUUCCCCGUUGGACGAGUUUGGAGGUAAAUCUCGAGCGUUCCCUACUCGGCCGGCUGGACAGCGUCUCACUGGGCUGGACGAGGCACAGUCGACUGGAGCAGGUCAGAGCUCUGAGCUCGUGGAGUCGAUCAGAGGAGACAAACGAGACCAAACUGGAGCUGAAACAGCCGUUCUCCUCCACUCUGAGCCGGAUGUCUCUUCACACGCUGUCACACAGCUCACAGAGCGAACAGCGCAGCAGCCACCAAACCCAUCUGUCAUGGGGCAGCGCAGUCCCUGUCAAUGUCUCCAUUAACCUGAACAAACAGUGGCAGAGCAACUCCAGCAGGGGGCAGGCCUGUGCUCUGUUCUCAACACAACAGAGGGGUCAUCGGGGAAUGCACAGCCUCCAGCUGAAUGUCGGCCUAGACAGAGUGUCUCCUGCCCCCUGUCCUUCACACACACUCCUAACGAAGAUUCAGACCAACUUCAGGGACCGCUUGGAUCACACAGUGCUCCUGGGCCUCUGCCCCCCGCAGCCCACUUUGUCGUGGUCAGGAACCCACAGGUUGAACUCAGGCGAGGAGCUGUUUUACUCUCAGUCUCGCCUCUCGGUGACAGGACGACCCCACCACUGCAGCCUCACCUUCGCCUUGACCAACUCCUCUGCAGCUCAGGGGUCCAACAUGUCUCUGUUCUCUGAGGUGAACAGCCCUCUGGGGAUUCAUUAA